AAAGAAGUACAAGCUUGUAAGUUCUCAGCAGACACUAACGUCGGAUCAUUACAUCCCUCGCAAACGUCGCAGCAUUGAAGAUUAUGAGUUCAGUGAGGCUUUCGUCAAGGAGAAGCUACUCGAUGCUGAUCAACUAUUCGAGUCACCUAAACGAUGGUCUGCUCGACCAACGUUGCGUCCACGACCACGUCAAGAAGAUCGCACGCCGCACAAGUACCUCGAAGACGAGACUGAGUCUGCAGUUCGCUCGACGUUGCCUGGCAAUGAGCAUGAUGCACACACCCAUUCCGGCUGUGAAGAGGGACCCUUACAACCAUGCAGCCCCCACAAUAACACACCAAAACGACCACGUACGCACAAGAAACGCGCUAAACGAGCUCUUGCUACUCCCAUCUCUGCCGUCAAAUUACAAACCUCAACACCCAUUGAGCAGCGUCACUUUCUCGAAUCACCAGAUCAUCAUCUCAAGCAGCCUUUUGUGCAUGGUGAUCGCUUCCUGCCAAUUCGACCAACACGACCAGGGCCAUUAUCACCAUUAGCCAAACCAAGGGAAUGCGCACUUAGGGGUUAUGUCUUGCUAUCACAACUCCUCAACCCAGAACCCGUGCAUGCCGUUCGAGCGCGCAAGAUUGCAAAAGGCGAGGUGGGCUGUGCUCUAGAUGACUCGGAUCCGUUUGCUUGUGGACGUUUCGCCUUUAGCAAUAGCGCCGUGCGUGAUGACACAUUCUGAGAGGUUGUCGUGUCUUCCCGUUCUUCUUUUGAUGCAUUUACGUUCUUUUUUUUGGUUCGGUCAUACUGCGUUACCUAGGUAGCUUCUGCAUACUUCUUCACCUUUGCAACAUACUCAGAACCGAUUGAUG